UCAGCGACGAGGAAAUGAUUAAACUUUUGUCAAACUACAGCGCAACUAAGGAAAAGUUCAAGCAACAAAUUAUACCAGGAACUUUACACGUUUCUGUCAGCAAAUACGUCGAAGGAAUUCCAAAUGUCAUGACGUCAUCACUCGUUCCCGUGAAGCCUUGGGAUGAUUCACUGAGCGUUCUUCCAACAGUUGAAGUGGAAGAAUUCUGUCAGACAUGCCCAGACGCCGCCCACCCUCACACUACAUACGCCAACAACCUCUACGUCUACCCUCUGUCGCUUAAUUACAGCAACCAAAAAGUUUUCUCAAAGGCAAGAAAUAUUUCCGUCAAGAUCGAAUUCAGAGAUUCUGACGACGAGAAUGCGAAGCCUCUAAAGUGUAUAUACAAGAAGAAGGGAAGCCCUGGAUUCACCACACAUGCAAUUGCUGCCGUUGUUCAUCAUUGCACCAAUCCCACAUUUUACGAAGAGGUAAAAAUCAAUCUUCCAACCCAACUUACAGAAAAGCAUCACGUGUUUUUCACGUUCCAACACAUCGCGUGUGAACAGACAAAGAGUAGCAGCGGCACCGGGUCAGUCAAGGGGAAACCUCAGCCAAUAGAAACACCAGUUGGAUAUGCAUGGAUGCCAGUCCUUCAGGGAUCACUUAUAAAGACGGACGAAACUAAUCUCCUGGUUGGACAAGCAGCACCUCGUGACUACCUGUCCGCUUACUUUGCAGGACUGAAAAAGGUACAGUGUUGUAAAUGA